UUCACCUCUAAUUUCUCUUCAUUUAGGGCACAACUUAAAAACGGGCACAUUUAACCUCAUUCUCCCUACUUUAGGAAUGGAUUAAUUUUAAGUCUGUUAAAUGACUAUUUCUUUAGUUCUUUAUUGUCAUGCAUUUUCUUAUUUUACAGAGCUAUUUCAUUGUUAUGGGGAAGGAUAUUCCUGAAGACUGCUUUUAUUUCCAGCUGUGCUCAUUGAAUGAUUUGAAACCCUGCGUGGAUCUGUGCUAAACCCAUGGAAGAGCUUGACGUGUAUUAAAGCACUGACGGCCCCAUCAACACCGAGUGGUUGACAGAGAAGUGCAUUGACGAUACAAAUCGGCAAGGAUACCUUCAUCGAAGCAACCUAGAAGCCACAUUUUAUGGACGAUGGACACCUUGUCCCAGAGCUCCAUGCUUGAGUGCCAAAUCUGUUUCAACUACUUCAGCCAAUGGCGCCGUCCCAAACUCCUGCACUGCCAGCAUACCUGCUGCUCCGUGUGUCUGAGUCAGAUGAGGCUCAGCCAGAGAGAGCUCCGCUGUCCGUGGUGUCGUUGUGUGACGCAGAUCCCCGGCGGCCUUUCGGUCUCAUAUCUUCCAGACGACCCGGAAGUACUCUCCAUUAUCAGUCUGUCUCACUCCUCUGAACACACUCCCAUCUUUAUACACUUACCCAAUAGUAGCUGCUACCUGCUGCCUGUCCCUUUGGACACAGAUGGGGCGUUGCUGCCUGGAGAACCGACAUGCCGAUUUGGUCCUAAAAGCAUUGGGGUGUUAAACGUCUCUGAUGGCCGGAGCCUUGUGCUGGGAGAUGACACGGGUGAGGAGGAGAUGGAGGAGGUGGCGGUUAAGACCACAGCAUGGACAGGGGUUUGCACUGUACUACUUGUGGCAUUCAUUUUGAUUUUUCUGCUGGGUAUCGUGUUGCAUAACAUGUCCUGUGUGUCCAAGCGCUUCACUAUUAUUUCCUGCGGAUGAGACGGAUUCAUCAAAUUCAAUUGUAGAGGACAUACCAAUAUGGCUCAGUCUCUUAUGUGAUUGUGAUUAUGUACAUCACGUACCUAUGGUGACUAUAUAAUAUACAGUAAAUGAGCAAAAGGGAAUGAAAGAAGUCAAGGGCACAAUCUAUGCAAUCUGUGGUAUUUCAAAAGUCUUUGAAAGCCCUGAUUCAUUCAUUCUUAGGGAAUUUGUUCAAUUAAUGUGCAGAAAUGUCAUUAAAGAAUCUAACAGUAUUGACUCCAUGUAUUUGCAUGUUUUGUAUGUACCUGAGGGAAAUUAACUUGGUCUCUAAUACUACAGUAGAGUUGUGCGUUAUUGACAGUCUGUAGGAGUUGUGCAGUUUGUGACCGAACAAUAAAAUGUAGACAUGAAAUUACAUAUUACUACGUAGCUGCUCUGCCUUUAAAUAAUGUUCAUUGCUGUAUGUGUUUGAUUUGAUGUUUCAACUAAGCAGUUUCUUUACAUUUUUCUUACUAAUGUGUUUUGACUUUGCCUUUUGAUUAAAUGAGUGAAAUCAAACAUCAGUCUCAUUAAAAUUAA